AUCCAGAAUAUCGUAAAGAGGUUUAUAAAAACUGUUCUAAUCAACGCACCUGUAACCUCACCUCACCAUACACACCUGGUGAUAUAUACGAUUUCAUCUACUAUCCUUAUAUAUGUAUACCAGCUACUCACAUCAUAUAUAAUAUUCUAGAAGUAAACUGUGCUACAUUGCAUUAUGAAGUCAAGCUGUAUUUCUCCAGUCAACAACCUCCCACAGCUAACACUUUCUGUAGCAUUGCAAAUUCAACCGAUGUUCUAAUAGACGGUGUUUUUAUGAAUUUGGGGACAGAAUCGUGCAGACAUGUUCAAGGAAUUCCAAGGAAUCAAAGUUUAUUCAACUGUUCUGUUGAUCCAAAACUAUCCAGCGAACAAACAACUGUUCCAAAUAAAAACGUCGCAAACGAAAAGGAUGCUGUUUUGUUGAUUAAGAUUGAUCAAGGCCCGGUCAUUGCUUGUACUAAAUAUUCGCCACCAAUCUCAGUUGCAGCUACAAGUGUAACUUCCUCUGAUCAGUUGGGUUUAAUAAUUGGUUGUGUUGUUGGUGUUGUGGUAAUUCUAGUGGUAGUGGUGAUUAUUUAUUGUAUAAUAAGGAAGAGGAAAAAUAAACUGAAAUCAACAGAUAAUAACCAACAGAUAUAUUUUACCCAAGAUAAAAACCAGGAAGAACCUGAAUAUGAUACUAUACAGGAUGGUGAUAAAGGUAAACACGAAUCAGCUUAUCAGGAUAUCGAGGAUACUUUCUUACAGAACUCUAUAACUAACAGAGAACCAAAUUACCAGAACUCUACAACUAACAGAGAACCAAAUUACCAUAACUCUACAACUAACAGAGAACCAAAUUACCAGGUCAUUGAAGACGACUUUCUUAACAAGGCCAAACCAACAUCCGGUUAUAGUGAACCCUGGGACACCUGCAUUAAGCUAAAACCAAUCUUACACUCUGGAAAACAACCACCUGAUCCGAAAUUUAAAUAUAGUAUGGACAAACCGAAGACAGGCAGAAUACAGGGAGAAAAUGCAUCACCGCACUACGAUCACGUCAGAGCCGAGACAACUGUAGAUAAACAAACUGAAUUAACUCCGUCAGUAACAGAUAAAACGUAUUAUGAUCAUAUUAAAGACGUAGACGAAAUCCUGGAUUCUGAUCCAUACAGCGACCCUACCUAUAACCAUCUCGGUCAAAAUAAUGUUGCUCCAAUUGGUACAAACCACGCACCGCACCAAGUCAUAAAGGUUGACCUCAAUUCAACAUCUAAGAAUAAAGAUCAGAAAGAUAAGGAUGAUCCGUAUAAUGACCCGACUUAUAACCACCUUGGUCAGAAUAACGUUGCUCCAAUUGGUACAAACCACACACCGCACCAAGUCAUAAAGGUGGACCUCAAUUCAACAUCUAAGAAUAAAGAUCAGAUAGAUAAGGAUGAUCCAUAUAAUGACCCGACCUAUAAUCAUCUUGGUCAGAAUAACGUUGCUCCAAUGGUUACAAACAACGCACCACACCAAGCCAUAAAGGUGGACCUGAAUUCAACAUCUAAGAAUAAAGACCCUAUUGAUAAGGAUGAUCCGUAUAAUGACCCAGCCUAUAACCAUCUUGGUCAAAAUAACGUUGUGCCAAUUGGUACACUCAACGCGCCACAGGUCAUCACAGUGGACCCCAAUUUAGCAUCUAUGAAUAAAGAUCAGAUAGAUAAGGAUGAUCCGUAUAAUGACCCGACCUAUAACCAACUUGGUCAGAAUAACGUUGCUCAAAUUGAUACAAACCACGCACCGCACCAAGUCAUAAAGGCGGACCCGAAUUCAACAUCUAAGAAUAAAGAUCAGAUAGAUGAGAAUGAUCCGUAUAAUGACUCAACCUAUAACCACCUUAACGAAGAUAAAACCAUCUCUCAGAGAAACCUGAAACUUCCACAAGAGGAGGUAACUCACUUGUCAGUCAUCGGUCUUAAAUCUGAUACUGAUAACUACAACCACAUAGACGUCAAGAACGAUAACUCUGUUUUAGAUAAAGAACCCACACCAACAGAUGUUACCAAUAACCACACGAUGUCCAGUGGUGGGAAACCUAUGUCGUCCGAUAAUUAUAAUCAUCUAGACAUCAAGGGAGACAACCAUCAUACAACAAAACAAGUAAAGAAUCCAGCUGGGAAACAAGAUAAUUACGACCACAUAGGUAUCAAGAAAGACAACUCUGUUUCUGUUAAGGAACCUAGACCAGAAGGUAAUCACACAUCUUCCAGUGACUUGUCUCCAGAUCAUUACAACCAUAUAGACAUCAAGGGAGACAACCAUCAUAUAACAAAACAAGUAAACAAUCGGGCUGGGAAACAAGAUAACUACGAUCGUAUAGGUAUCAAGAAAGACAACUCUGUUUCAGAUAAGGAUUCAGAUGUCACACUAGAAGAUGACACCUAUAAUCACAUAACUUCCAAACCCUCGUCUUCAGAUAAUUACUAUCAUAUAGACCUCAAGGGGGAUAACCCUAAUACCACUAAGGAAGCAGAGAAUCCAGCCGGAAGCAAGGUGGAUAGAGAUAAUAUUACAAAACCUAAAGAGCAGUCAUGCUCUAAGCAGGGUGCUACUACUAACAAUUACGAUCACAUUGAAUUAUAGAUUUAAUUAACUGAAUCAAUGAUAUAUAUGCUACCCGAAUCUCGAAGUUUCCAAAUUAACACAUUUAAUAAUCUUUGAUAUGUAUAAUCCAGAUUAAACUAUAGAUUUAGAAAAUUAAUCAGACAUUUUAGCUAAAAUGUUGAAUUUAUAUAGGGAAUAGUAAAUAUAUUUUUAUAUCAGAAAACAUAAAAAAUCAGUCACCAAGGACAGUUUUUAUUUCAGAGUGUCUGUAGUUAGUUAUUUUGCCACGUUAUUAACCUGGGACUAGAUCUGGCUAAUUAUAAAAUGCAUGUAUAAUAUUUUUGUGUCCCUAUAAAGGAACGUAAUUUUGUAAUUUUGUGUAGAUUUUGUAUUUUUCAUUUCCUUUUAUUUUUGUUGUUUUGAUAUUUUAUGUAUAUAUAUUUUAGAUUAUAUUUGUUUACUGUGUAUUAAUGUUAUAUGUUAUAACAGAUAUGUUAUAAAUAACAGUUUUGCUACUGUG